GGUGACAAGUUGAGAGGUCGUGUUAGCAAAACGGCAAGGCGGCUACACUUUUGCUGCACUAAAUGCUAUGUAAAUGCACUCAAAGAAAGCGAAACUGCCGUGGCUGGCUCAGCUAAUAUCUCGCGAAAGGCGUCAGCUUUAACGUCUGGUAACGGCUGGUAACGCAGUUGUUGAUAAGCUUCGAUAGUUAGCUCUCGCUAGCAAGCUGCUAGUUAGCUUGCUGAGUUGCUAUGUCGCAACCGAGUGUUUGGACUUACUGGAGCUAACGUAGCUAGCUCAUCCCAAACAAACUGAUUCUGGAGGAAAAAUACGAAAGAUGGCUGUGUCGGUGCGAGGCCUGUACUUUGUGGUGACCCUGUUUUUGGGUAGUUUCUUUGGAAGCGUCUUCAUGCUGGGUCCAGUUUUGCCCCUGAUGCUGUUGUCUCCUGCUUGGUACCGCUGGAUCACUGAUCGCAUCGUUGCUACCUGGCUCACCCUGCCUGUGUCCUUGCUAGAGCUGGUAUUUGGGGUGAAGGUGGUAAUAACAGGUGAUGGCUUCAUUCCGGGGGAGCGCAGUGUGAUCAUCAUGAACCACCGUACGCGUCUAGACUGGAUGUUCCUUUGGUGUUGUCUGCUCAGGUACAGCUACCUUCGUCUGGAGAAGAUCUGCCUCAAGGCUGCCCUCAAGGCUGUGCCUGGCUUUGGCUGGGCAAUGCAGGUGGCCUGCUUUGUCUUUAUUCAGCGUCGUUGGGAGAAUGACAAGAAACAUUUGGAGAACAUGCUGGACUACUUCUGUGACAUCAGAGAGCCUCUGCAGCUGCUGCUGUUCCCGGAGGGCACAGACCUCACUGAAAAUACAAGAGCGAGGAGUGAUACUUUUGCUGCACAGAACAGCCUGCCGAAAUUUGAGUACGUGCUGCAUCCCCGAACCACUGGAUUCACAUUUAUUGUGGACAGACUACGUAAAGGAGACAACCUGGAUGCCGUCCAUGAUAUUACCGUGGCCUACCCCAAGAACAUCCCUCAGACAGAACGCCACCUCAUCUUGGGGCUUUUCCCCCGUGAGAUCCACUUCCACGUCCGCCGCUAUCCAGUGGCUUCACUGCCCUCCUCAUCCUCAGACCUAGAGUCUUGGUGUCGAGAACGCUGGGCUGAGAAGGAGGUCCGUCUCCGUGACUUCUACUCAGGCCAGCCCCGUGGCUUUGAAAGGGAUGGUGUUGCACGUGUGCCACCUUGUAAGUCAGAGCUGCGAGUGGCUCUGAUCAAAGCUGCCUCACUGCUGUACUGGAGCAGCUUCAUUGCUCUGUGCUUCACUGGCCUGUGGAUGUGGGCUCCAUUCAGGGUCUAUUUCCUGGUCAUGGUUGGAGUGUUUAUGGCCCAGCAGAAGCUGGUUGGAGGGGUGGAGCUGCUGGAGUUGUCCUGCCAUCGAUACUGGAAGUCCAUGGCUGCUGACGUGGGUGAGAAGAAUAAGGUGCUGGAUGGGAAGAUGCAGUGAGGAUGGAAUACAGGGUUGACUGGACAAUGACAUGUUUCCACCUGUUCUCAGCAAGGACACAGGAUUCUGUUGUCUUAGCCUGUUCAGUCAAGUGGGCUAGAGGAUCCCUUAGAGGGACCCGGAGCUCCAUGCCUUAGAAAGGGAGUAAUAAGUGCACCCCCUAUGCAUGGCUUCAGUGGAGAGAGCUUACUUUUCUAUUGAAGAAAAAAAGAGGAAUGUUAUGUGCAUUUGUAUCUGUGUUGGGUUCAAGGAAUUCAUCAUACAUGAUGUGUCAAAUGCCCUGUAUUUCUCUUCACGUAUAAUCACUGUCAAUUAGCUUGCCUCUGUUUUAUGUUGUUAGUGUUAUGAUUGUUUGUUCAGAACCUCAGUGUGGACAUGUCACAAAACAAUGCUGUUAGUAUUUUUUAUACUGUUGCCAUGUCCUUGAAACUGGUUUUAGUGUAUGUUAUGUUGCCCUUUGUUUUAUAUCAUUGUCAUAAAUUAUGGAGCAGAGCCAUAGUACAGACCACCUGUACAUAUGAUGACUUGACUCUAAACAAUAUUCAAAUCAGCACUGUAGUUGUAGCUGGAUUACCGUAGUUAGCUGGAUAAAACUGAUGGAACUAGUUAAUUGAAUCAGUUUCCAUUAAUAUUCUCCAGCAAGGAAAAGAAAGGACAAAUAUAAUUCCCAGAGAAUUAUUGAGGAGUAUACAGGUAUAUAUGUACCACUGUUUACCUUUAAUGGGUAUAAUUACCCUUUUAUACAAAUUGGGGAAUGAAUUUUCCCAGUUAGUCCUUAGAGAUAACUUGUGUGGUGAUGUUUAUUACUGUGUUGGUCUUGAAACAUACAAUAUGUUACUCUGCUUGUUUGCUCAAGUAGCUUUUGCACAUAAAAGCCAAAGUUGAGAAAAGCAGAAAUGAUGUAAAAAGGUAACCAAACAGAAUGUAGUCUGUCCUGUCAGGAAAGGGCAGCUUCACCCACCAUUGGCGAGGUUGUCUGCAGUUACACAGAGACAACGUUCAUAAUCAUCAACUCAUCAAGGUCAAAGAUCUGACUGAACUCUUUUCUCUGGAUAACUGUAGAAGCAGAUGAGCUUUGUGCCCUUUAUGGCAAUGAAGGGAUGCCUUGUAGAGGCAGGAUGUGGGUGGUGCAGGGGUGGAAGAAUGUCCUGUUGGGACAACAUUACCCUUCGAUGUGCAGGGUGGCACAGAGGACCAGACUUGGAGUGGAAAACUGGCGCUGAACUCAACCUAAUCCAAAAAAGCCCUGUAAUGCCCACCUCUGCCUGUGUCACUCUAGAGGACUGGCAUUGAUGCGCCUGCUAAACUCAAUUAGCAAGUGACAGCUGAGAAAGCUUCUCCAAUUGUGCCAAAAAAGGACAGAAAUGGAAAUAAGAUUGGAGUGGCGCUUCAACCACACUUUUAGCCACUGUCUCUCCUUGCCACUGAGCUCAAUACCAUUUCAAACAUUGUUAAUUCUGGGAGUCAGGGAGCAUUUGUGUCUUGGACAAUCUUUAGCAGUUUCAGUAACACUGUGCAGUGUGUUCUAGCUAUCCACCUCAACCCUGUUCUGUGAGAUAAAUUUCAUGGUCGACCACACAUUAGAAAGGUGACUGUAGCAUCUUUCUUGUUUAUAUGAUAUUGAAGCUCCUGUAGUUAAAGUGUAAAAGGGGCUUCUUCCAGUCACUGUGAUCAGCUGUGUUAACAAUCUAAUCAUCAGCAUGUUGUAGUUUACCAGACGUGGUACUAUAUCCAUUUUCUUCAACCCAUCUGAAACUCCUGAACCAGCUAGAAUCUACAUGUAUUACCCGUUCACCUGUGCUGUUUUGUGUUGCUCAUUUUACAAUCACUUGCCGAUGCUGGACCUCUUUAAAGUCACUGUCCUCAGGUAAACACAGUGGACACUGUCACAAGUCAGUCUCUUAAAGGAAGAAAUAUAUAUCUGAAUAAAUAUAUGAUAUCAACUCA